AUGGCAUUUCGUGGACAUGAUGAAUCUGAAGAUUCAAACAAUCAAGGAAACUUUCUUGAACUGUUGCAUUGGUUGUGUGAUCAUAAUCCUGAGAUUAAGGCCGUUGCUUUGACAAAUGCACCUGAGAAUUUGAAAUUAACAUCACCAAGAGUGCAAAAAGAUAUUGUAAGUGCUAUCGCUUCUGAAUGUCUACAUGUGAUUAUCGAAAAUAUUCGUGAUAGUUUCUUCUCAAUUUUAGUUGAUGAAUCUCGAGACAUUUCUGUGAAAGAGCAAAUGUCAGUUGUCAUUCGUUAUGUGAAGAAUGGGUGUAUAUUGGAACAUUUUAUUGGUGUCAUUCAUGUUUUGAAUACCACAACUGCCUCACUUAAGGCUGCAAUUGAUCAAUUAUUCUCAAUGCAUAGUUUAAGCAUAUCUAAUUUGAGAGGUCAGGGAUAUGACGGAGCUAGUAACAUUCGAGCUAAACGGAGUGAUCUUAUUCGAGAGAAUCAAAGAUUGAAAAUUCUUGAAUCACUCAAUAUUGGUGAAAUAUCAAGCGGACGAGGUCUCAAUCAAGAAAUUACUCUUCAGCGUCCUGGGGAUACACGUUGGGGCUCUCACUAUAGUUGUUUAAUUAACUUGAUUACCAUGUUUUCAACUAUAGUCGAAGUCAUUGAGAUGAUUGCUACUGAUUCUACAAGUACCGGAACAAGAGACUUUGAAGAAUUACAAGGCAUUAGCGAUCUUGCACAGAAGUUGGUUGUGAAGAAUAAACAUGAAGUGUAUCCAUUAGUGUACAAACUUGUGACACUAACCUUAGUUCUUCCCGUGGCUACUGCUACAGUCAAAAGAGCAUUUUCUGCGAUGACUUACGUCAAAAAUCGUCUGCGCAAUCGAAUUGGAGAUCAAUGGUUGAAUGAUAGUUUGAUUGCAUAUAUUGAGAAGGAUGUUUUUGAUGAGAUUGAAAAUGAUGCCAUCGACCACUACGAGACCUUCUACUUACAUGCUAAGCCAUCUAUUGCCUUUAGAAGUUACAUGACUUCAUGCACUUAUAAAUACUCGAGACAGGAGGUACAAUGGGAGAGAAAGCCCCAACCUCAAUUUGCAUGUAGCAUUUGUUUAUUGAAAAAGCCGUCGGAGGAUAUGAAAGAAGCUCAGUCGCCAGUGCCGGCACCGGAUUCCUCGGCCAGUUUCGCUUCACCAUCAUUAGCUGUCGGAUGCGCAAUCACGGUUGGUGUUGUAAUGUUCUUGGCGGUGGCAGUGGUGUGGUACUGUACAGGCAAUGGCUAUGGUGGUCGAUUUAGUCGUGUUUCGAUGGUCAUUUUUGUUGUUGUUGGCGAUGGCUGUGAUGAUAUUGUGGCAGGGCGAGGUGUAAUAGUGAUUGUGACCAACUAUCUAGUUGCUCUGUGA